AUGAACGGCGUCACAAUGAUGGACGAGAACGAUGUCGACAUCAAGAGCCCGAUACGGCGGCUCGGUUCUACGAGAAAGCUGAACCUGUUUAACAACAUCAGACAACAGCUGAACGAGCAGCUCAAGUUUCUGGACGUCCGCAUGGAAGCACAGAUAGCGCUCGUACAGGAACUGCAGGACUUCUUCCGACGACGCGGCGAGGUGGAACUAGACUACAGCAAAAGCUUGGACAAGCUAGCUAAGAGCCUUCAGCUUCGGCACAAAGAGCAGCGUCAGAAGCGCGAACAAUGGCCAAUGUUCUCUUCCUACUCGUGCUGGCAACAGCUGGUCAAUCAAACCAAAUCACUGUCCAGAGACCAUGCGGCCAUGUCCGAAAUUUACUCCACACAUCUGGUAGCCCGUUUGCAGACAGUAUGGGACGACGUCCAGCGUAUAUACAGAAAGUGUCGUGAAAUAGGGUUUGAAACGCACGUGGAAAUAUUGCGAAUUUUACAAGAACUGCACACAAACAUGAAAACGUACCACACGCUGCAGACGGAGGCGAAAGAAGCGGAGAAAAAGCUUCGGCUGGCUGAGAACCAGCGGAUGAAGCUACAGCAGAGCGUGCCGAAGGAGAAGCUGGAUCGCAGCAAAAAGUAUCGUUUGAUCGAGAAGGAGGUGCUGAAACGCAAGAACAAAUACACCGACGCAAGACUGAAGGCGCUGAAGGCGAAGAAUGAAUAUCAGCUCUGCCUGGAAGCUUCCAACACGACGAUUCACAAAUAUUUCGUCGAAGAUUUGAGCGAUUUAAUUGAUUGCAUGGAUCUUGGUUUUCAUUCGGUCGUUUCGCGGGCACUGCUGAUGCAUGUUUCCGCGGACCAGGGUCGUUGCCGGGCGGUGCUACACAAUGCCGAAACGCUGUCACACAUCGUCAACUCGAUGGACAGCCGUGCGGAUAAGCAAAAGUUCCUUGAGCAACAUAGUGCCGCUUUCAUGAUUCCGAAGCGGUUGGAGUUUCAGGGACAGGAUGAAGAUGUGGAACCGGAGCUGCAAAAGGCCCUGCACCAGGAGAUGGAAUCUCGGCUAAUGCAGCUCGAGCAGCGCGUUAACAAUUUGCGCAUGGAGUCGGAGGAAAUUUGGAAAACGCUGGAAACGGCAGAAAUCAAUCUGCUGGACAUACUCAACACUAAGGAUUACGAUUGCACCAGCGCGUUUGGUGAUGGUGCGGUCGCUUUUCAAAAGCCCGAAAAUACAUCCGUAAAAUUACGAUCGGAUAAGAACGAAAUCGAAGAAUUCUACAUAACGAAAAUACGCGAAUACAUUCUCGCAACAUCGCGAAUAGCACGGUUGGAUUCGAAGGCGGAAUAUCUGCGUAACGCUUUAGCGAAGGAUUCAGCCAUUAAAACGGACACUCUUACAAAAUCAAACGUACCGAAACGGAAGCGCAUUGGGCGCAUGAACAAAUCCGGGCGACCCAAGCUCUUCGGGGGUUCGCUAGAGGAAUAUCUGGAGGUAUCGGGCGAAGAAAUUCCACUCAUUGUUCGAAGUUGCAUUAGAGUUAUCAAUCUUUAUGGAUUGCAUCAUCAAGGCAUAUUCCGAGUUUCAGGAUCUCAAGUAGAAAUAAGUAACUUUAAAGAAGCCUUCGAACGUGGCGAUGAUCCACUGGCUGAAAUGACCGACGCAUCCGACAUCAACUCUGUUGCUGGAGUGUUGAAGCUCUAUUUGCGAGAACUGCGCGAACCGCUGUUUCCUUUAAUUUACUUCGACCAUUUUGUUCAACUUGCACAACUCGAAUCCAAGCACGAUAUUGUAUCAGGCAUACGCAAAUUCUUCCAAAGUCUACCCAAAUCAGUCGUAGUGGUCAUACGGUAUCUGUUUGCCUUUUUGAACCACCUUUCCGAAUAUUCUGACGAAAAUAUGAUGGAUGCUUACAAUCUGGCGAUAUGUUUCGGUCCCACGUUGAUGCCAGCGCCGGAAGAUAAGGACCAAGUGCAGUAUCAAAACCAGGUAAAUGAGCUGAUAAAGAACAUCAUCGUCCACCAUGCCGAACUCUUCCCGAAGGAUCUGGGUGGAAUGCAGUACGAAAAGUUCAUCACUUCCGAAACCUUUGAGGAUAUUGAUGUUGGUGACUCUCCCACGGAACAAGUAUCGGAAGAUCCGGAUUCGGAAGUGUAUCCAUCAGAAGACGAAUCGGACACAUUCGAGGCGAUUGUUCAAUUCGAUUUUAAUGCACGAUCCGAAAGAGAACUGUCGUUACGAAAAGGGGAUACUGUGAUACUGUACAAUCAGGUUUCCAACGAUUGGUGGCGAGGUGCAGUAAACGGUAAAACUGGACUCAUUCCAGAUAAGUACAUAUCGCUAAAAAUCAAGGAUGAAGAUCGCGAUAAAAGUGAACAUUUGAAAUCUUCCAGUUCUGAAGAAUCCGUCCGCAAGCGCCGCCCCAGUGGAAACAUUUCGCUCAACAGUCAGCUAUCGAUUUGUACGCAAAAUUCCAACACACUGUCCAACAUUACGUGCGGUAGUGACUACACCGCAUCCACUAUUAGCGCCGCAACGGCUUCUGCCGGUGGACAUAGUGCUGUGGGCGGUGGAGCAACAGGUGUCGGGGGCGUCGGUGUUGGUGGUGGUACAUCUAGCAACAGUGGGGCUGCUGGACUAAUACAAACAGCGCUGGCCUCACCCGGUCAUCCACAGUAUCAAACCAUCCAGCACGCUUCACAGGUAGCGUCUUCCGUUCACCAUUCAACCACGUCCCAGCCACAACCGAUUGCUAUAGUGACACACCAACCACCGUUGCCAUCCGCCCACCAUGCGCCACCAGUGAUUGGCGAAAAGUUGGGCAGUGAGCUGAAGGAUACCGAUUACAUUCACUACGAUAGUGUGGAUCACUUGAAAGCGUCACCGUACAGCUACCACGACGAACCACAUUCGUUCGAAAACUCGUUCGAGUUCGUCGAAGAUAUGGCUCUCUUCACAUACGAGACAUCAAAACCAUCGGAACCGAUCUAUGCCGAACCGACCAAAAUUACUAUGAACCGCGAGAAAUCGCCAGCGGCCGAUAGUGGUACGAGCAGCAACAGCAACGACGAGGAAUCGGAUAAUGUGGAAAUUCGCCCACGCCUCGGCGGCAUGGGUGAACCACCAGAGCAUAGCAAAUCUACCCUUGGACUAAACCGUCGCAGCGAGUCGACACUAAGCACUGGGAAAUCGGUAGCUUUAGAAGGUGCACCUACAGCCACCGAUGACCAGUCCGAUCAAUCCCGACCGAUGCGGAAGUAUCACUCAAAGAGCUUCAGCCUGUCGGAGAACAAACUGUCCCUAGCUGCAGGCGGUGGUUCCGCCACAUUGAAUGUUUUCCAGCAAAAUCGUGACUUAUGGCAAAAGCGGGCCGCACAAAGCUCCUACCAGAAUCUGACGACAUCGCGCAUCCUUAGCCGGAACCGAAUUGCACCCGAUUUGGUAAUGGAUCUUCCGCCAUCGGCUAUCAACAAGGAGACGGCACACGCGUCUAGAGAAUCGCUAGACACCGAGCUGGAGGACAUGACGUCGGCGGAACGUUUUGCAGCACAGAACCAGUGCACGCUGAAAAAGAAUGAACGUUUUUCGAACGAAUCUCCUGUGUAUGAGAAUAACACGAUGAAGAAGGAGGUUAAGCUGGACGUGAAGGGAGGAUCGGCGACAGAUAAACCGAAGGCGGAGGUAAAACCGCAAGAAAUCAGUAUUAAAAGCUCCAACACACCAAUACCGACGACUGCCGUGGAAGUUCCAACCAAAAUUGAGGAUUGUACAACAGGUGCAGGUGGUGGUGCUAGGGAGGAAGAGCCGAAAAGGGUAUCGGGCAUUGCAACUCCCGUUGUGUUGUCCUCAUCACCGGCAGGCAGCAGCACGCCGAGUACGGUGACCGACGAAGAAUCGGAACUCGUGUCGGUGUCUUCGAAUGAUGGGGGUCUGCUGAUGGCGUCAACGUCAGUAGCUGGGAAGGAACUCAGCAAGAGUCCAAUUCCCGUCCGCAAUACGCAGAAGUUUGUAUCCCAGUUUGCGGACCUGCAUCUGACCGGUGGAUGCUUGAUAAAAUCAACCGAAGGCACGUCGGCAGCGGGCGUUUCUUCCAUGGCCCAGGAGCAACAGGCGAAAAGUUUGAGCUCGUUCAAACCACAGGUGAAGGUUAAGCCCCAAAUAUUGAAGAAACCGCAGGUGCUACCACCGCAAACGCCAGAAAUGCAACGGCGCAAUGCGGACUAG